GAGGAUUGCAUAGACCUCCUUUGGUCACAGUGCUCCACCUGGGGUCUAAUGCACCAGGCUCUUGGGCUCAAUCAUCUGAGUCCUCAUCCAUGCUGCUUUGCUGUCCAGGCAAUUGGGAACCCUUCUUAACAUGCACACACUUUAAAUUGUUGAAGCUUGUUCAUUAUGAAAUGAGGGCAAUAGAAGCAAUAACCCAGUCUCUGUUGCAGUCUUUCCAGAAGCAGCUUACUGAAACAAAAGCCAAGAGUGAACAGCUUUUGCUUGAAAAUAUAAAUCUCAAGAAAAACUUGGAAAUAAGCAGGCCAGCUGCACAGGAAUUAAAAUUUUACAAGCACCAAGUGAAGAAACUACAGAAAGCUUUAAAGAAAACUACCCAAUUUUCAGGGAGUAGGACUGGAGAAAAAAAAGAAGAAAAGAAAGACUCUGGGAGAGUUGCCAUUGUGGAUCAGCUGCAGGCAGCUUGCCAGCAAUACUUGCAGGUUUUGUCCCAUAUUGAUUCUAUUUUGCAAAGCCCAAGAGCUCCUCCGUUAAUAUUCCGGCCCAGCAAAGGGCCAGUGCAGAAUGACAAUAAAGAGAAUGGGCAGGGAUGUGGAUUUGAGCACCUUCCACUCACUGUAGAAAUGUGGGCAGAUCAGCUCAUAGCCCUAAAGGAUUUGCAUAGGUCCUUGAGAAAACUAUCUCUGGAAUUGCUGCCUUGGAACACUAAAGAUCCACAGGACAACAGAGAAUCCAUACGAGUUGAAGACCUCCAGUUGAUAGUAGAUGCAAUUUUGGAAGAAUUAGAACAUAAGGAAAAGAACAGCCAGACACACUCCUUGCAAACCUUGUCUGCCAUAGUCUCCCACUUCCAGAAGUUGUUUGAUGUGAAUUCUCUGAAUGGUGUUUAUCCACGGAUGAAUGAGGUGUACAUAAAGCUGGGGGAAAUGACCAAUGCCAUGAGGAACCUCCAAGAGCUCCUGGAACUAGACAGUUCAGCUCCACCCACUGUGGUAGUGAAUACUGUUGGGAAACUGUGUGACAUCAUUAAUAAGAACGUGACUGAGCAGGUACAGCAGCUUCUGGGCACCCAAGACAUCCACAGUAUCAUCAAUAAGCUUGAAGAACAUGAGUGCUUCUUUCCACCCUUUCAAGCCCUCAUUCAAGAUUUGCUGUGUCUUCUAGAGAUCAGUAACGUGGAUGAUAUUUUACCUGCAGUGCAAAACCUGAAAUGGGGAGCUGGUUAUGGGUGAUUCUGCUCUUCCUGAACAAGAUUUCUCUUACCUGUGAAUGUACCUGCUGGUGCACAUGACAUUGCAGCUACCUCCUAAGCAACACUUCCAGAAUUUUUUUACUUAAAUAAAAGUUACUGCAUUUUUAA